AUAUUUAUACUGACGCCGAAACUCUAGUGAGUAUACACAGGAGCUUAAAAGUGGAAAAGGUCAUGUCAUGGCCGGUCCCAAUGGGCCGGUCACGAAACAAUCCUCUGGUCAAUUUAUCGGAGCAACCAGAUGCCUGCGAAAGCUCGCCAUGGCCGCAUUUGCGACGAAAAUGUCACGCGUGAACGCCAUUAUGGAGAGUAUUGAAGGCAACACACAUGUUGCAACGAUCCGCGCUUGGAGGGAACGAGGUUUAAAUGCUGAGUUCAUACACGAACUCACUCGAGGAGAAGGGGAACGUUGUUCAAAAACAGCAGAGGAUCUAGUUUCAUUCCUGGCACACGGCUCCCCCGUGGCUCGUCUUAUCUUUCAGGAGAUACUCACCGUUAAAGCGGUCGAAAAGGUCGACAAAGUCGGCUUCGGACACCACCAGAAGCUGAUAGUUGGAGAGGUCUUGCCAGCCAAUGCCUUUUACCUCCAAGAACUCUUGAGGGCUUGUUUAAUUGACGCGCGAGUGUUUCAUGCUGACUUGUCGCAUCAUGCCAAGAGCGCCUUAGUUGAUCAGUUCAAUGACCCUCACAGUACUUUCAAAAUCCUGAUCAUGCUUUAUGAUGUCGGUGCAGUGGGGCUUAACUUGCACCACGCUUGUAACCGUGUGGUUAUUGCAAGUAUCCCUAGAAGCCGAGCGCAGGAAAGCCAGCUCCGGGGCCGGGCACUAAGAAUAACUUCUGAAUUUCCCCUGACUGUUGUCAGGAGAAUUACAAACAAUUCUCAUGACCAGUUUCGUUCUGUGAGACAGGCUGAUAAGGCAGCAUUACAACUCGCCGCAAACGCGCAUGAUCCUUCCAUAAAGACGCUCCUUGUAGACCUCUUGAACGAGUUCCAGGGCGAAGUGAACAAUUGUCAUGAUGACCCAGCAUGCAGGGCCUUACUGUGCGAGACAAAAGGGGAUCAGACUGCCAGAAGCCCCAAGAGAAAAUUGAGAGAUCGUGCAAAGACAAAUCACACUGAAAACAGUGAUGAUUCGGACAGUGAGGAAGAUGUUAAGGUGGAUGACAAAAGCGACCCUGAUUAUUUCGAUGGAGAAACCGACAAACUGGACGACAGGGACUCUGAUGACGAUAUGUCAUCAGAAUCUUCACAAAUUCAAGAUGAUGAGGACAGUGGAAUACUUCUAUCCCCAGGGCUUGAGGCGAUUCUAUCUGAACGACAACCAGAUGACGAAACACGUCAUAAAAUGACAUUGUUGCAACUGACCCCCGGGAGAGUUUGGAAAGAAGCCGACCUUUUGGAUGAUAGGUCUAUGAAAAUUGCACUGAGACUACUGUACAACAAAGUUCAUGGCAUUGAGCAUCUCCACCUCACGAAGUCGAUCCACAUCAAGUACAAACUUUUUCCUCAGACAAUGAUCGACAAAGUUGGAAAGGAUAGAGAGCCCAUUGCAGAGAAGAAGGAGAUUGCUAAAAACAAAUGUAACUAGAUGGGGAUGAUUUUGGGCUUGUUAGGCCUCAAAGACAGUUAGCUAGGCCGCGGUACCUUUCAGUAGGUUAGCGAUUAUCCAGCAUAUUUCUGACAAUCCCAUUGUGCAUAUCUUCACUGGUGUCACGUCCUGCAGCUGAUCGAUGAUAAAGGGUCAUUGCUUUUCGUAAGAGACUCGGGGU